AUGGACCGUGUACAGAUAGCAGACGGAUGCGCUUUUAUUCAUCCGUCGCCUCUAGAUACUAUUAGUCAUGUAGCUCUCGACGAGGAGAGGGAACUGAAUCCAUCCAUCCCGGUCUUGAAGUUGGUCCGGAAAGCUUUCAAAAGGUUUUCUGAUAAACCUUACCUCGGGUAUCGUGCUGGCCUGGCCACGUGCGUUAAGGAGGUAACCGACAAGUAUACCUACAUGACCUAUGGCGAGGCAGACUCCUACGUGACCGAGCUCGCCAAGGUCCUGGCAAAGCUUGGUAUUGGGAAAGGCGACCGCGUUGGCAUCUUUGCACGCAACUCCCCCCUCUGGCUGCUUUUCGACUUCGCGUGCACGGCCGUGGGCGCAGUGGUCGUCCCUAUCUACGACACCCUUGGGGCCGCCAAGACAUCGUACUGCAUCAACCACGCAGAGGUUCGCCUUCUGGUCACUCAGACAGAGCUACUCCCACUGGUUCUCGGAAUAUGGCCAUCGUGCCCGGAGCUGCAGCGCGUCCUAAUUAUCGAUACAAGCAUAUCAGAACUAGAUGACCAAACUAUGAACAAUUGCUUGCAUAAGGCUGUGCCCUCAUAUAUAGAGGCACAGCAGUCUGACGGGGCUUCCCUCGGAAUUGACCUAUCCAAGCUUUACGUGGCUGGGAAAGCAGAUGACUCUGUUUACAAAUUCAAUGUGCUCUCUACUGUUACGUCCCAGCUGGGAGCCUUAUCUGAUGCCACUGAUGUUCGUAUGGCUAAUGCGAACAUCAAUGACUCAAAUACUCACAUAGCCGAGGUAAUUAACGAAAUCUUGGAAAAAACACAGAUUAAGGAAUCGCCAGGCAAAAUAUCUUUUUUGAAGAACAUGCUGGAUGAAGUGAAGGGCCUUGACUACAAAGGGGACUAUGAGGCAAGCGUGGAUGAGGUGCACACUAUCCUAUAUACCUCUGGAUCGUCUGGAAACCCUAAGGGAGUGACACACACCCACAGUACAAUACAAGGGUCUUACACCAUGGUAUAUGGAUUUCUUCCAUAUGUAUCUAGGGACGGUGGUCAAAUGGUAACUAUGUCCUAUCUUCCUCUCGGCCAUAUAUACGAAUCUGCUGGAGAGAUACUUUUUACCGUCCGGGGGUACAAGAUAGCAUACUAUAGUGGUAACACAAAGAACCUAACCACGGACAUCAAGCUGGCCAAGCCGACGAUUCUACUGGCCGUUCCGCGGGUGCUCCAGAAGAUCUACAACGCCGUGAUGGCGAAGGUUGAGGCGUCGCUUGUCAAGAAGGCUGUCUUCUGUCUAGCAUGCAAGGUGAAGGAGUACACGGAGGGGUCCUGGAUUAAGACGGGAACACUCCCCUGGCUCGACAACGUCGUCUUCAAGGACAUUAAAGCCGCCCUCGGGGGCCACCUCGAGCUCAUCGUCAGCGGAUCCUCUGCUCUCCCCCAGGAGGUGUGGCGAUUCAUGCGUCUCUGCACCGGUGCUCGGAUCACAUGUGGAUAUGGCUUGACAGAGACGUGUGCUUCUGGUCUUUGUCAACUUCCUCACAUGCCUUAUGUGGGAUCGCCGACAGGAAGCCUUGUGCCAUUCAUGCAAGCUAAGCUCAUUGACAAGAGCGACACCUGCGAGCUCUCGCUGAAGACUCACCGUGUUGGGGAGCUUCUCCUGAAAGGUCCCGGCAUUGCGAAGGAGUACUACAAGAUGCCGGAGAGCCCUCUACGGGACGCGGACGGCUACUUCCACACGGGAGAUCUGAUGAGGCUCAACGAUGACGGUUCCCUCACAUUUGUCCGCCGCAUAAACAUGGUUGUGAAGUCUCUCAUGGGCGAAUUCAUUGACAUAUGCGCAGUUGAGGACGCCAUGGAGAAGAGCCCACUCUUUGCAAGCGUCUUCGUGCAUGCUCAGAGUGACAAGUCGUUCCCGAUUUGCGUUGCUGUCUUGGACAAGACUGCGCUUGCUCACCGUCUGAAGUGUAGCACUGAUGAUGUGGAGAAGGCCGAGUACGCAGCUGCAACCAAGAAGAUUCUUGAGGCCGAGGCAGCAUCCUUUGUCAAGCGCGUUGGGCUAAAAGGAUAUUGUGUCCCCAAGUGUUUCAGGUGGCUCUUUGAUAUCGAUUGGAGCACGGACCAAGAUCUCAUGACUCCGUCCCUGAAGAAGCAGCAUCGCUUCUUUGCGAAGCGCUACGCUGCGGAGAUUGCAAGCAUGUGGGAGGAGCUAGAAGGCUCUGAGCGUGCUCUGGCAAAGUAG